CCAUGCCGAGCUCCGCCCCGUCCCGCCGGGAGGAGGGCGGAUCGCGGCCAGCCCGAGCCGGAGCCCCGCAGCCUCCGCGCAGCCCGGGGGCCCCGGCCGGCCCGGGGCCAGCCCUGAGCGGCAGCGGGGCCGCAGCUCCGCCGCCAGCCCCGCGGUGCCUCGGAGCGGCCUCGGAGCGGCCUCGGAGCCCGGAGCGCCGCGGCCUCGGCUGCAGGAUUUGGGAAUUGAGAUUCCCAUGGAAUUCCCGGCUCCGGAAUUCCCGAACUUUUUGGAUUUCCCAUGAGUCUCUCACCGCUGGAAAUUCCAGGUUUUCCGUAGGAUUCCCACCAUGAGCGGCCUCGGCGACGGCUCCGCGGAUCCGGCCCUUCCCGAAUCCCGGAAGCGCAAAGGAUCCCCCUGCGACCCCGGCCAGAGCGCUGAGAAGCGGCGGCGCGAGCAGGAGCAGCGGUACCUGGCGGAGCUGGCGGAGCUGCUGUCGGCGAACCUCGGCGACAUCGACUCGCUCAGCGUCAAACCCGACCAGUGCCAGAUCCUGAAAAAAACCGUGGAUCAGAUCCAGCAGAUGAAACGGCUGGAACAGGAGAAAUCCACGGAUGACGACGUGCAGAAAUCCGACGUCUCCUCCAGCAGCCAGGGCGGCGUCAUCGAGAAGGAAUCCCUGGGGCCGCUCCUGCUCGAGGCCCUGGACGGUUUUUUCUUCGUGGUGAACCGGGAGGGCCGGAUCGUGUUUGUGUCGGAGAACGUGUCGGGAUAUUUGGGAUAUGCGCAGGAGGAGCUGAUGAACUCCAGCGUUUACAGCGUCCUGCACGUGGGAGACCACGCAGAGUUCGUCCGGAACCUUCUCCCCAAAUCCCUGGUGAACGGCGUUCCGUGGCCGCAGGAGUCUCCGCGCCGCAGCCGCAGUUUCCAGUGCCGGAUGUUGCUGCGGCCGCCGGAAGAGCCGGGAGCCGACGGCGCCGAAAUGCGACCGCGCUACGAGGUCAUGCAGUGCUUCACCGGCUGCCAGCCACGGAGACUGCAGGAGGAGGGGGAAGAUUUCCAGUCGUGUCUGAUCUGCAUCGCCCGGCGGCUGCCGCGCCCGGCCCCGCAAGCCCCGGUCGAGUCCUUCGUCACCAAGCAGGACACCACGGGAAAAAUCAUCUCCAUCGACACCAGCUCCCUGCGCGCCGCCGGCCGGACGGGCUGGGAGGAUCUGGUCCGGAAAUGCAUCUACGCCUUCUUCCAGCCCCAGGGCCGCGAGCCCUCCUACGCCAAGCAGCUCUUCCAGGAAGUGAUGACGCGGGGCGCCGCUUUCAGCCCCUCGUACCGCUUCACUCUGAGCGACGGCUCGGUGCUGAGCGCCCACACCAAGUGCAAGCUCUGCUACCCCUCGAGCCCGGAGCUGCAGCCCUUCAUCAUGGGCAUCCACGUCAUCGACAGGGAUCACGGAAUUCUGUCUCCGGCGGAGGCUCUGCCGCGCCUGAAUCCCAACGUUCCUUCCCUCCCUCCAUCCAACGGCUCCGCUCCUCAUCCCAACAAUCCCGGCUCCGGGAAUUUCGGGAACGCUCCGGGAUCCGCCUUAAGCCAAAGCCCCGGGAAUUCCCACCCUUUAUCCCACGGCGGCUCCCCCAUGAACAGCCCCGCCAUUCCGGCGCCGCAAUUCCUGUCCCCCCGGCACCGCGGCAGCCCCGCAGCCGCUCCCAGAUCCCGAGGAUCCGCCGGGAAUUCUUUCCCGCCUCCUUCCUCAUCCUCAUCCUCGUCGUCAUCCGCCGGCAAUUCCCGACCUUUUCCUCCCAACUCCGCUCUUCCCGAUCCGUCGGCGUUCCCGAGGCAAGCCGGCUCCCAAAACUCCCCGGGACGUUUGGGAGGGAAAAACGAAUCCAAGGACGGGAACGAUCCCGAGAAAACGCCGGACGCCGGAAUUCCGGGAAUUCUUUCGGGAUCGGACGGGAACGAUCCCAAAUGUCCUCCCCAAGGCACGAGCCAGCGGCUGGUGCAGCUCCUGGCCAGCACCGCCGAGCAGCAGCUGCGGCACCGCCCGGAGCAUCCCGAAAUUCCCAAGGAAUCUUUGGGAUCGGGGAAUUCGUGUCCGGCGUCGCACAGCUCGCUGACGGAGCGCCACAAAAUCCUGCACCGCCUGCUCCAGGAGGGAAACGCCACGGAUUCUCCCGGCGGGAAUAGCGAGGAGAGGAAGGAGAGCAACGGGAACGGGGAGAAAAAGGAAUCCAAGGAUCAUCAGCUGCUCCGGUACCUCCUGGAUAAGGACGAGAAGGAAGCGGGAGCCGGGAUCAGCCUGGACGACGUCAAGGUCAAGAUGGAGAAAGGGGAAAAUUCCGAGGCCGUUGCCAAAAUUCCUGCGGGAGAAGAGGGGAAAGCGGAGCCGCAGGGACAGUUCUCGGCCGAGCUGGAGCAGCUGGAUCAGCUCCUGCCUUCCUUGGAAAAAGCGGCGCCGAUUCCCGGGAUCUGCGGCCCGGAAAGGAACGAAUCCGGGAAUUCCGGAAUAUCCGGAGGGAGCAGAGCCCCCACGGGAAUUCCGGAGCUGGAGCUGGGCGUGGCCGAGGCCGGGUUGGGAAUCGCGGGAAUUCCGGGAAUUUCGGGAAUUCCGGAGCCGUGGGCGGAUCCGGGAAUGUCGGCGCUGCCCCGCGGGGCCCUGCCCAAGGACGAGCCGUGUCCCCUGGACGAGCUGCUGUGCCCGCCCACCACGGCCGAGGGCCGCAGCGACGAGAAGGCGCUGCUGGAGCAGUUGGUGAAUUUCCUGAGCGGGAAGGACGAGACCGAGCUGGCCGAGCUGGACCGAGCCCUCGGCAUCGACAAACUCGUCCAGGGCGGCGGCCUGGAAGCGCUGACGGAGCGAUUCCAACCCCACCAAUCCACGCCCCCCCCGCUGCUCCUGGAGCAAAAACCGGGAAUGUUCUCCCAAACUUUCCCACCUUCCUCAUCCUCCUCCUCCUCCUCCUCCUCCUCCUCCUCCUCCUCCUCGGCCUCUCCCAGCGCCAACAUUCCCGGGAAUUUCCCGGGAAUGCUCCGGCAGAAAGCGCCGCCCUUCGGAUCCGUCGCCGUCCCUCCUCCUCCUCCUCCUCCUCCUCCUCCUCCUCCUCCUCCUCCCGCCCGUGGAACAUUCCCGAAUAAUUCCAUGGGAAUUCCGGCCCGGCAGCCUCUGAGCCGCCCUCCCAGCGCUCCCAACCAGCUCCGCCUGCAGCUCCAGCAGCGCCUCCAGGGCCAACAACAGCUGAUCCAUCAGAACCGGCAGGCGCUGCUCAACCAGUUCGGAGCUCCCGUGGGGAUCAACAUGAGGCCGGGGAUGCAGCAGCAGCAGCUGGCGCCGCAGCCUCCCCUGAACGCUCAGAUGUUGGCGCAGCGGCAGCGCGAGCUCUACAGCCAACAGCACCGGCAGCGGCAGCUGAUGCAGCAACGCGCCCUCCUCAUGCGCCAGCAGAAUUUCGGGAAUUCCGCCGCCGGAAUUCCCAUGGGAAACCCCAGGUUGGCUCCAGCCCCGCCCCAGCAGUUCCCGUACCCCCCCAGUUACGGUACGAACGCCGGGAAUGCCGGCGGAUCCGGAUUCUCCGGAGAGGCGGCGGCGGCGUUGGGGAAUCGCGGAGCGCUGGGGAAUCGCGGGAUGAUGGGAGCGCAGUUCGGAGCCGCAGCCGGGAUGGGAGCGGCGGGGAUCCAGCAGAAUCUGUUCCAAUAUUCCGGAUCAGGGAUGGCGCAGCAGAGCGACGGCGCCUUCGCGCCCGCGCUGAGCCCCGGCAGCCCCCUGAUGUCACCGCAGCUGCCGCCGGCGCCGCCCGCGCCCGGAUACCAAUCACCGGAAGUGAAAUCCUGGAAUAACGGGGUGUUCGGGCAGGCUCCGGCGGCUCCGGCGGCUCCGGCGGGAAUGUACAACAACAUGAGCAUCACCGUGUCCAUGGGCGGCUCCGGCGGCUCCGGCGCCGUUCCCGGCAUGGCCGCCAUGGCCGGCGGAAUUCCCAUGAAUUCCAUGAUGGCCGGGAUGAAUUCCAUGUGCUCCGAGCAGGUCCCGGACGCGGCGCUGAGGCCUCCAGGGCUGUUCUGUAACCAGCUGGGCUCCGCGGAGCUGCUCAAGGCCGAGCCCGACGGCGCCCAGGACGUGAAGACCGAAGAAUUCUUCUCUGGGCUGGCUCCAGACUAGAGGAGAAGUUCUCUAGUGCAGCAGGUCCAGGUGUUCGCCGACGUCCAGUGCACGGUGAAUUUGGUGGGAGAUCCCUACCUCAACCCGCCGGCUCCGUUGGCCAAUCCUAAAAAUCCCGCUCCGCCGCCUCCGCCGGGACAAGGGAAGAGCCUCCU